AAUAAGUCCAAAAGAACGAGACGGUAAACUCUUAUACUUCAUCCUUGGUCUCCAAAUCUUCUCUACAACAAAGCCGACACCACUCCACAACAAUGGCGAUCGGCGACAUAGAGAAGAUGAUAGCAGUAGGUCUCAUUUGGGGUGCAACAAACGCACUAAUGAAAAAAGGCGCAAUCAUUUGGGAUCAAAAAUCACUCAACACUUUUUCACCAUCAUCCAAAAAAUCCCCACCUCAUAAUCGAAUCAUUCUCUCUCUUCAAAACUACCUUAACCUCAUCUUAACAUGGCAAUAUUCUAUCCCACUAUUUCUAAAUCUCUCAGCUUCAGCUACUUUCUUUACUAUUCUUGGAAACACACCUAUUUCUCUUGCUGUUCCUGUCACCAAUGCGACGACGUUUGCUGCUACUGCUGUUAUGGGGAUGUUAUUAGGGGAGAAAACUCGAGUUGGGUAUGCUUUGUUCGGUACUAUUGUUAUUGUUUUUGGUGUUUGGUUGUGUGUUAUGUGAUGAAUUUUAUUUUUUGAUUUGGGGAUUUGCCCAGUUUUAUAAUUUGGGUUUGUAGAUUAGAUGGAUUAUGUUUGUUUGUUUGAUUGAUUUUUGAAUUGAGUUAUGUGUUGUAUGAUUGGGGAUUUGAAACUUAUUGAUGGUGUUGUUUGAUUUUUGCAA